AUGGAUUGUGAUAUUGAAUUUGAUCAAAUUAUCUCCACUGCUCUGUCUCUUGAAACUGACUAUCCAGAGCUGUCCCCUCCCCUGAGGGACCAGGACAGAGUAUUUCCUGAUCCUUGUCUGACUACAGAAAUUCAGAUUCCACUCCAUGACAGCAAGAUCCUACAGCAGUCCCUGCUGGAGCUUUACCAGGCCUUUGGGUUUCCACAUGGAACUCACACCUGUAAAACUGCUGAAUUUCAUGACUCAGAGGAACAGUUCAAGAAAUUACAAUCAAUCAGAGCUGAGCCUCAUCUCCCUAAAGGUUUAAAAAGAUUGUUUCCUGAAGAGGAGCUGGUGAUAUGUAAGAAACCAAAGGUUGAGCUUGAUAAGACUCUGAAAUCACCCACAACCAACAAUGGUAGAAAGAGAACAAAUUUCACUAUGGAACAGACCCUCUUUCUUAUCAACCAGUUUGAACUCAACCCUUAUCCAGAUUUCGUGACAAGAUGUGGUAUUGCCAAGUUAACCAGCAUCUCAGAAUCUAGAAUUCAGGUCUGGUUCCAGAACAGAAGGGCAAGACAUCCACACAGACCUCUUAGAGUGAAGCCACUCGUAAAUACAUCUACUGAAUAA